AUGUGGAGCAUCAAGCUUAGCGCGCAUGUUUUAUUGGUCCUGUCGGCGUUCAUCGGGAGCGCGGAGCCCCGUAUGGUGGUGGGUCGAACCACGGGGCACGAGGAGUUGGUGGAUGGACCAGCUGCCGGCGUGGGGGCGGGUCCCCCGCCGUUCGAGGAGGUGUACCGACCCAAGAGGCUGAGCCCAAGCGGACCCGAUCCACAGCACCAUUCCAUAACCCCAUUUUCUUGA